AUGUCUCCUAUUUGUAUUGAGGCCCCUCCCCCCUUUGAUUUCUCGGCUGAAGGAAGAGAGAACCCCUGUAGUCUGCCACCGGAUGUGGGACCAUGUCGGGCGUACUUAAAGCGAUACUUCUACGACGCGCGGGUCGCCCAGUGCAAGACGUUCAUCUACGGCGGCUGCGGGGGGAACGCCAACAACUUCGCCACCCUCCAGGAAUGCUUCCAGAAGUGUGGUGGAGCGAAAAACCUGAAGAACACGGGACCCACGUCGGGAUCCAUGGUGGCGGACUCGGAUGGCGAGUCUGCGAGGACCUUCACCUUCUUCGAACCCAAUUCCUUCGCGCUCCUCGGCGACAAGCAAUUCGGGAAAAGGGGUCCUUUGAGCUUCAGUUUCCGGUUCCGGACGCAGCAAUGCUCAGGCCUACUCUACUCCCACGUCCUCACUGACGGGCCAGGAAUCCUCCCCGACGGAGAAGGAGAAUUCGACUAUUCCUAUGCUUAUAUGUCCCACGCCUACUUGGACAUGAAUGGCGUCACCGUCGUCCAUUCCUUCCUUCACCACACCGAAGCCAUCUUGCUCCCGUUCAGCGGUCUAUGUGACGACCAGUGGCACGAUAUGAGCGUGACCGUGAUGCUGAAGGGCUCGACCCCGAUGCUGGAAGUGACGGUGGACCUCCAAUCUCGAGAGAGGAUGCUCGCCUCGCUCGAGAAUGCCAAGAUCGAGCACUACACACCCUUCCUCUUCCUCGGGGGGAUGAGCGAGGAAUGGGUAAAGAGAAGUCGACUGCCACCCUCCAAUUUCAUCGGGUGCCUGGGUGAUGUCGUCCUGGACGGGAAGCAGCCUCCCCUCGUGAUAUCGGAUACCACCCUGCACGGAGUCGUCGCGAACGGAUGCAUCGACAGGUGUCAGGAGCCAGAUGUGGAGAGACAGUGUCUUCACGGCGGGAAAUGUGUGAAUCAGUAUAGCCGGUUCAGUUGCGACUGCAAAAACUCGCCGUACGAGGGGAAGUUCUGCGAACUAGCACGGACGACGACGCUGAGAUUCCGGGGCGACUCCUACCUGUCCGUCAACCUGGAGCCCAUGACGGCGUCGCGGCUCACCCUUGAGUUCAAGACGUCGGUGAAGGACUCCAUGCUGUUCUACACGAGGGGGAAGGGACUACUCCUGGCGCUCGCCUUCAAAAACGGCGGUGAAUUGACCUUGACCUUGAAACUGGGAGACGUCGAGGUCAACGGGAAGGUAGUCGGCGCCGCACUGGCCGACGAUCAAUGGCACACCCUGGAACUCAACUUGAACGGGAUGAAAAACGUCCUGUCCGUGUCCAUCGACGGGAAGGAGCCCGAGCGAGAGUACCUCCCGCCCGUCGAGAAGGCCCGGAAGCUCAUAUUCGACUCUCGCCUCUUCAUUGGGGGGAGCCCUUACUGGAUC